UUCAACAACAAAUGCCACGCCCCCAUCGUCUUAUAAGUCAGAUCUAAUUUGUAUUGUUAAGAGUUAAUUUCUUAUACAGCGUAUUGUAUAAAAAAAUAUUAUUGGUCAAAAGCUAUUUUAAAACACUAGGGGUAUAUGAUAUGAAGUUAUCUAGCACAGAAUUCAGUUGAAACUGAUGUAUCUGUCAAGACAUCUUUGAAAUAGACUGUGGGAAAAAAAAAUCAGCAAGUAGAGGAUAGAUAAGAUGCACUGAUGCUCACUUGAUGAUACAUGAUGCCUUAGUGCCCUUCAGAAUUGGUAAUAAUAAAUUAUCAAGGUUACAAAAUGGCAUAAGUUAUAGAAUUUAAAGAAAUUAAUUGCUUUCUCUGCUGAUGGAAAGAAAAAAAAAUCUAAAAAUGGAUGAAGCCAAUGAAGCUAUUACAAACUUAGGAGGUGUAACCACAGAAAGUAAUAAAGACAAUACAACCAUAACAAAACAGAUAUCUUCUGAUGAUCAAAAAGAGAAACCUCUGGAUAAAGAAACUCUUCUGCUUGCUGGCACUCUCAUUCUUGAUGCCAAAGGAGGAAGAAAUUUAGAAUACAUUCUGAGGGAGAAAUAUGUCAGAUCCUACAUUUGGUAUAACUCAUUUUAUCUCAGAUGGGCUUUGUAUUUCUGUUUAGCUUUCAAUUUAAGCCUUGCUCUAUUCGAACAUCCAGCAGUACCUGGUGCAUCGAUUCCAUAUUGGGGAACUAUGAUUAUGGAGUUAGUGUGUCUGUGUUAUUUUACCUUCAGGCUGUCUCAUGCAUUUUACUUCCAGUAUACUAAAGUUUUUUUCAAAGAUGCUAAAAACAUUUGUGUGCUUGUUAUGAUUCUGUUAACAAUACUAGACAUGAUAAGUUACAUUAUUUGGAGCAAUGUGGACACUGAUGUUCCUCCCGUUAGGUGGUCCAGACCACUGCGUCCAUUGUUUAUCAUUAAUUUUCCAGAUGGAAAACAAAUCCGCCGAGCCUUCAGAAACAUACGACGAACUAUCCCAGACAUUGUAAACGUUCUUAUUCUGUUUCUUAGCAGUGUUUUGUUAUUUGGACUGUUUGCUUUGAAACUUUUUAAUAAAAGAGGCUUUAAAUAUCCAAAUGGGGAGCCUUAUUUUAGCAAUUAUUUUGACAGUAUCUGGGAUCUUUAUGUCUUGGUGACUACAGCCAAUAAUCCAGAUGUUAUGAUGCCUGCAUAUGAUGAAAGUAAUUGGUUUGCUUUGUUCUUUGUUAUCUACUUGAUUAUCUGUCUCUACAUCUUCAUGAGUAUUGUGCUGGCUACAAUCUACAACAACUACAAGAAAAACUUAAAGAACGAGGUUAAACAAGCAGUUUUUCAAAAGCGUAAAAAAUUAGCUAAAGCAUUUGAUCUUCUGAAAGUGAAACACAAUCAUCAUGAAUUCGUUUCAUAUUCCCGAUGGACACAACUAGUCACCAUCAUACUGCCUGGCCGAUCUGAGACACACACUGACCUUUUGAUGAAAAUACUUGAUCAUGACAAUACAAAUGUUUUAAGCAAGAAAAACUUUCUGAACUUAGCUGACCUUCUACAGGUUCAGCUGACUGAAGUUAAAGAUCGACUGACGCUAUUAGAAAAACAUUUUCCAUCCAUUUAUAAUCAUCGCAUUAGUGAAUAUUUCAAGUUUUUUGUCAGGCACAGAGUAUUUCGCUAUUGGUUUGAUUUGCUUAUAAUUGUGAAUGCUGUGUUUAUAGCCAUUGAUUUGGAUGCAGCAGACUGGUUUUUCUUGGCCAUGUUCACAGUUGAAAUUCUGUCAAAACUCUAUGUUUUAGGGGGGAAAGAAUUCAUGUCCAGAUUUUGGAAUAUCUUUGAUGUUGUUAUCAUUGGAGGGGCAUUUGUAGCAACCAUCAUUGAAUAUUUAGACUUUGAUAAUAAGGAAAGUAAUAUAAAAGACAUACUUCUGGUUCUUAGAGUUGUAAGAUUGAUCAAAUUAUUUGGCAGCAUCAAAAGAUUCAAAGUUAUCCUUCAAACGCUGAUAAACAUUGGACCCUCUUUUUUCACUUAUGGCGGAGUUAUUUUUGUUUUCUAUUAUUUCUUUGCCAUUGUUGGCAUGGAGAUCUUCAAUGGUUAUAUAACUUACUAUGGCUAUGACAGUGAGAUGCCAGACACAGCUUUUUGUGGCAACGUCAAGUUAAAUAACUCUAUCUUCUACCGUGAGCACUAUUGCAACAACAACUUUAAUGACAUACUGAAGUCUAUGGUCGUUAUGUUUGAGUUGACUGUUGUUAAUCAGUGGCAUGUUAUUGCUUCUGGAUUUGUGGCUGUCACCAGCAAGGUUGCUCGACUCUACUUUUUUGUUUUUCAUCUAAGUUGUGUUGUCAUCAUUUUGAAUAUUUUCACUGCCUUCAUACUGGAAGCUUUUAUUCUUGAAUACACACUGCAAACAGUGCCUAGAUUAGAGUCAGUGGUGGAAUCAAAAAUCAAAGAGUUGGGUCUGGGCAUUGGCAUGAAAACACGUAAACAUGCCAUUCAAGGGCCUAGUGGAGAUGAAAUCAUACUAGUGGAAGAUGAACAGACUGAGGACACAGAUGAAGUGGAUAACCAGCAAGUUGAAACUGAGGACGUAGAUAACGAAAUAGAUCUGUCCAAGGAAAAAGGAUUAAAGUUCCACUUGAAAAAACACAGUCGUAAAAAAACAGAAGUCCUUCUGCAACAAAUGUUUCAAGGUGAGCUUGAUGAUGACGAUGUUGAUGACAUUGAAACCUACAGCAAAGAAAGAAAGCUAACUCUUGAAGCAUUUACUUAGCCAGGAAUGACACGCUAAAGUUUUUAACUACAGUUCUUCAAAUACUCAAUUUACUCCAAUCUAUACUCAAAAUUUAUAAUUCCUUUAGCAUGAUUUUUUACAAUGUAAAUAUUAUGAAGUCAUAUUUAUUUGCUUAAUACCAGUAUUAUGUAUUUAUCAAAGAAGUAAUCACAAUGCUUUGAUGUUGUUAUUAUUUAAAAGACAUUCCAGUUUUAUUUGUGACUAUAGUAAUGAUGGCCAUUCUGGUUGCUGUUUUAACGACAUUCCAGUUCCAUUUGCUAAUGAUUACCUAGUCGUUAGUGGUUGGUGAUGUUGUUUUUUUAUAACAUUCCAGUACCCCCCCACAUACACACACAGUAUUGUAUUUGUUGAUGAACUCUUUUGUUGUUAUUGUAGAAAUGACAUUCUAGUUUUAUUUGUGAUAACAGUAAUGAAAGCCAUUCUGGUUGCUGUUUUAACAACAUUCCAGUUGUAUUUGCUGUCGAUGACCUAGUGAUUGGUGACGUACCCAGUACUGUAUUUGUUGAUGACUACCUUAAAAUAUUACGAAAUCAAAAGCUGUUGGUGUUGUUUUAAUGAUAUUCCAGUUCUGUUUGCGAAAGUUUAACCUAGUAACUUACUAUACAAUUGUGAUGCAAACACCAACAGCAAGAUUAAAUUGUCUAUACAAAACCUAUGUUCUUGUCCCCUCCCUCCACUGUUACAUUAUCUCAAUGGAGUUUCUCUUCAUGGUCCUAUUGUAGUAAAGUUCUGUUUUAUAUUUCAAAAUGAAUAUAUAUUAGUGAUUUAUUUAUUUAUUUUUUUUAUUUUUUUUAUUAUAGCUUUUAUAUAGCGCUACUUUCAUGCUUAUAGCAUGCUCAGAGCGCUUUUGGUCCAAUAUCUUUUGUGGACAAGUGGGGGGGAGGGGGUAUCUAGGAGUUGGUUUUCCGUGCUGCCUUUAGGCGCUCAGUAAACACAACUCUGCCCGAGUCGGGUGUCGAACCUCGAGCCCCCUUCUAGGUAGCCAAGUUCAAGCACACUUGGCAUCUCGACCACGCUUACCAAAGUUGUAACUGUAUUCUAGUUGUCAUUUUUUUUUUUGCAUCACUGCCAUGUAACUGCAGUCAAUAGAUUGUUGUCUAGCUGUAUCAUCAGAUGACUUGCAGUUGACAGAUUAUCAUGUAACUGCAGUCAAUUUAUUAUUUUUCUUUCUCAGCUGUAACAUCUAAAAUAUAUCUAAAAUGAAAUGGUGGUUUCCAGAUUAAGCAUUUGUGGUCUCAUUUUUUUCUUGAAAGGGAUAUUUUAGAACCAGUAGUACAGCCUUGAAAGUUUAUUUGUCUUUUUAUGGUACAAGUUUGUCUUUUUAUGAUGCCACUUCAAAUGGGGGGGUGGAGGGGGGGGGCUGAAAUGCUUGUUCUGUUUUGUCAUCUUCAAAAACAUUUGUUGCCUCAUCCAUUUCUACCCUGUUCAGGUGUAAAUAUUAAUUAUUGAUCAUCGAAAAAAUAGAUUGUACAAUGCUUCAUUUCAAGAAUUUGUAUUUUAAAGUUUAUUUUCAAUUACAUUUUUCAUCUCUUCCAUAUGGAGCAAUAUUUCUGACUGCUUAAACUGCUUUUUUUUUUAAUGUUUAUUGAUGGUUUUAUUACUCUGGAUGUGUGUACCAGCUGAGAUCCAUCUCAAAAUAGUCUCUUUGUUGUUAAUGUUGAGACUCUUUUAUAUUGCAAACAUUUCUUCAAAGAAGAAAAUAUUUAUGUCAAGUGCUGUCUUGAGUUACUUGAUUUAGAGAGCAUCAGUUUCUUAUUCAGAAAUACAAUGUUUGCUUAGAAGGACUUUUAUAAAGAUUAUAUUAUUUUCUGUUUCAAGUGCUGCAUAUUUGUGUGUCUAUUGGGCUUCAGUUUUAGGCUCAGUGUUUCACUUCAUGUAGAAAGUGAUGUGUCAGUGUUUCACUUCAUGAAGAAAGUGAUGUGUCAGUGUGUAACUUCAUGAAGAAAGUGAUGUGUCAUUGUUUCACUUCAUGAAGAAAGUGAUGUGUCAGUGUUUCACUUCAUGAAGAAAGUGAUGUGUCAGUGUUUCACUUUAUGAAGAAAGUGAUGUGUCAGUGUUUCACUUCAUGAAGAAAGUGAUGUGUCAGUGUGUAACUUCAUGAAGAAAGUGAUGUGUCAUUGUUUCACUUCAUGAAGAAAGUGAUGUGUCAGUGUGUAACUUCAUGAAGAAAGUGAUGUGUCAUUGUUUCACUUCAUGAAGAAAGUGAUGUGUCAGUGUUUCACUUCAUGAAGAAAGUGAUGUGUCAGUGUGUAACUUCAUGAAGAAAGUGAUGUGUCAGUGUUUCACUUCAUGAAGAAAGUGAUGUGUCAUUGUUUCACUUCAUGAAGAAAGUGAUGUGUCAGUGUGUAACUUCAUGAAGAAAGUGAUGUGUCAGUUUGUAACUUCAUGAAGAAAGUGAUGUAGACAUUGAUUUCUAUUCUUUCAUCUAUCAAGACCAGGAUCGCUCUGGUGAUUUGUUUUAUUUUACAGCUCCUGUCAUCCACAAACCACUUUUUGUGCUCCAUUUUGUUUUAAUUUGGUUACAGAAAGUCAUGCUGUAGCAAUUCUAUAUAGUUUUUUCAGGACACACGAUUCAUUCACAGUUUGUAAAACCUAUUUUUGUCUAUUAAUGUCCGCCUUUUGUUGUUUUUUUUUUGCUUUUAAUGUUGCAUUUUCCAAGUGAGUUUCAAACUGGUGAAGGCUGUAGCUUUUGCGUCACUAGAGAGCUUCUCAAUUUAUCAAGAGAUUUCCAUGCAUAAAUUCUUUGUGCUAAUGUUUGUAAAAUGUUUUACACGUUUCAGAUGUUCCUUCACAGUUGAAGAUAAUUUACUUCCUAGUCCAAACCUUCCACAGAAUGAGGGGGAAUGGGAGCGGGCAGGAUUUAAACCCAGGACCAUCAAUAAGUCCCAACGACGGUCCAGCACGCAAACCACACAUAGGCAUAGUCAACUGCAUAAUAUUUAUUCUUGACUUUCACUGGUAAAUUUAGUUUCAGAUCGUGAGUAUAAAUUCAAAGAGUGGUAAUUGCACAACUCAUCAUUGGGGAAAAACAAUUUCUUGUGUUUACUGUACAGCUUCAUUUACUUUGCAUGACAACUAUUGCUUUGUUUAACAUUGAUGAUUUAUUGUCAUCUUGGAGUGAAAACAAACUAAAGAUGGCACAAACAUGAAACAUUUAACAGCAAACAGCUCUAGAAUUAAAUAGUUUUAUGUAGAGAAUAUACAGUAAAAUAAAGAUUGGCUUUAACCAGGGCACAAACUGCUUCUCAUUUUGAAACUGUUUAUCUAGAAAUAUUGUUACUUUUAAUAAGUUUGUUUUUCAAUGCAUAAAACUCUGAGAUUAACAAUGAAAAUAUUUUCUUAAUUAGUGUAUAUAAAACUAUAUAUUUAAAGAACAGUCAUCUAUGUAUUACUAUUCUGUUAUCUUACACUUACAUCAUAUAAUUAUUUCAAAUAAAUUUGCCUUGAGAUUAUUCUAUGUCAUUUUUAAGUAUUCUUUAUCCUGCUGGUAUGUACGAUUUUGUUCACUUGCAUUUUAUUACCACUUACUUUUUGUUUCAUGUUUAAAAAUGUAUAUUUGUAUUUCUUUACAAAUGAGCUCAUUGCAACUUGUGAUAACCAGGGAGAGUUGUCUCAGCAUGACCUUGGUCACAUGACUUCUUCUCACUAUGGCCAAAGAAUUGAUGUAGUCUACUAAAUAAAUGUCUUUGUUCUUACAUUUAAAUUUGUCUCAUAUGUGCCCUUGGUUUUUUUUCCCCCACUCAUGCUGGUCAUUAUAUAGCUAAUAAUUUAUUUUUUAAUACAAUGACAUCAUUGUUGAGUAUUUCAGCAUUAUCUCACCUAACUAUGUAGUUAAUAUUUGUUCAGCAUUGUCUUUACCUAACUAUGUAGUUAAUAUUUGUUCAGCAUUAUCUCACCUAACUAUGUAGUUAAUAUUUGUUCUAUAUUGUCUUUACCUAACUAUGUAGUUAAUAUUUGUUCAGCAUUGUCUUUACCUAACUAUGUAGUUAAUAUUUGUUCAGCAUUGUCUUUAACUAACUAUGUAGUUGAUAUUUGUUCAGCAUUGUCUUACUAACUAUGUAGUUGUUGUUUGUUCAGCAUUGUCUUUACCUAACUAUAUAGUUGAUAUUUGUUCAGCAUUGUCUUUACCUAACUAUGUAGUUGUUGUUUGUUCAGCAUUGUCUUUACCUAACUAUAUAGUUGAUAUUUGUUCAGCAUUGUCUUUACCUAACUAUGUAGUUGAUGUUUGUUCAGUAUUGUACUUUAUUCAGUAUUAUUCUUUAUCAUUAUUCAUUUUUACUUUUGUUUUUUUUUGUAUCAAUAUGAUAGCUCAUUUAUUUCUUUGCAUGUCAAAUAAAGUUAAUGGAAUUGUCCAUAACUAAUAAUUAAUGCAUUUUAAUAUUUAUGUUUUUUUUUUUACUUUAUUUUUUACUCACAUUUUAUUAUAAAUGCCAAGUCAUUUUUAAACUAUAAACUAAAUGUUAUUUAAACAGUCGAUUCUUACUACAUACCAGGUCAGACAAAUGUUCUUUAUUUAUGUUGUCCAAAGAUUAUGGAAAUUGUUCAUGAACUUAAUACAGAUUUUUAAGAGUUUUGUAUUGUGUGUAGCUAUCUGAAUAAUUUUUACGUCUUUUUCUUGUUAAAAUUUUUAAUUUGAUGCAGUUUAAAUGUAUUCAUAAAAAAAAUUAAGACUGGUUGAUUUUUUUUAUAUUUGAUUGUCCUUUCUGGUAUUUUAUUAGGUCAUUACAGAGUUUGAUGCAGGAGGGUGAAUCCAACAAAUGUUUCCAUAAAAUAAUUUACCCAUU